AUGAUGCCGGGGCUGGGCCUGCCGUUGACAGCGGACAUAGUGGCGAUAGCGCUGGUGUACUUUGUGCAGGGCGUGCUGGGGCUUGCCCGCCUGGCUGUCAGCUUCUUUCUCAAGGACGAGUUUGGGCUCGACCCUGCUGAGGUGCGCAUACGGCGCUUCUGUCUGGGCUCUCAACACUGCCAUGGCUCAUCAAGCCUCUCUACGGCUUCCUCAGGUGGGUCAUGCCACGGGCCCUGCGCCAUGCCACGGGCCCUGCGCCAUGCCCCGGGCCCUGCGCCAUGCCACGGGCCCUGCGCCAUGCCACGGGCCCUGCGCCAUGCCACGGGCCCUGCGCCAUGCCACGGGCCCUGCGCCAUGCCACGGGCCCUGCGCCAUGCCACGGGCCCUGCGCCAUGCCACCUGCGCCAUGCCACCUGCGCCAUGCCACCUGCGCCAUGCCACCUGCGCCAUGCCACCUGCGCCAUGCCACCUGCGCCAUGCCACCUGCGCCAUGCCACCUGCGCCAUGCCACCUGCGCCAUGCCACCUGCGCCUUGCCAUCUGCGCCAUGCCACCUGCGCCAUGCCACCUGCGCCAUGCCACCUGCGCCAUGCCACCUGCGCCAUGCCACCUGCGCCAUGCCACCUGCGCCAUGCCACCUGCUCCAUGCCACCUGCGCCAUGCCACCUGCGCCAUGCCACCUGCGCCAUGCCACGUGCGCCAUGCCACCUGCGCCAUGCCACGUGCGCCAUGCCACGUGCGCCAUGCCACCUGCGCCAUGCCAUCUGCGCCAUGCCACCUGCACCAUGCCAUCUGCGCCAUGCCACCUGCACCAUGCCAUCUGCGCCAUGCCAUCUGCACCAUUGUUACUGCACCUUCCAACCACCACCUUCCAACCGCCACCUUUCUGCCCUGUUGCAAGUCUUUUCCCGCACACCACCACCACCUCACACAUUCUCCUCCCCCUUCCUCCUCUAGAUGCCCCUCAGUAUCCAUGAUCUCGAAACGUCGCUCCCUUUUUCUUAUCCUCAAUCACUUCCUCUUUCCCACUCAUUGCUUCUCCUCCCCCCUCACCUUCCAACCCCCACCUAGCGACCCCCCCCCCCCCCUGUUCGGCUCGCGCCGCCGCUCCUACCUCAUUCUCUGCGGCUUCGUGGGCGCCUCUGCAUGGGCCCUCCUGGCCACGCUCGUGCACGACAAUGACGGCUUCCCCCUGUUCGGUUCCCGCCGCCGCUCCUACCUCAUUCUCUGCGGCUUCGUGGGUGCCUCUGCAUGGGCCCUCCUCGCGACAAUAGUCCACGACAAGUACUCCACCGUCGCCAUGAUCCUGCUCUCCUCGCUCUCGGUCGCCGUGUCUGAUGUGGUGGUGGACUCGCUCGUGGUGGAGCGAGCCAGGGGCGAGGACCAGAGCAUGGCUGGGUCGCUGCAGUCGCUCUGCUGGGGGUCCAGUGCGGUUGGAGGGAUUGUGAGCGCGUAUUGGAGCGGUAGCCUGGUGGAGAUGUACGGCACGAGGUUUGUGUUUGCCCUUGGUCACAUGAGUCAGAGUGAACGAGUGGGGGAGGGGAGAGUGGGGAUGGGAGGGUUGGAUGGAGGAAGGGACAUUGGGGAAGCGGUUAAGGAACGAGGUGGAGGGGGAUCAAGGGGUUCGACAGAUGGGGGUGCGGUGGGGAUGGCCAUGGAUGUGCGCGCACAGGCGUUAUACCUAUGGGCCACUAUCCGGCAACCCAGCAUCCUCAUGCCCACGCUCUUCAUCUUCCUCUGGCAGAUAACGCCUUCCUCAGAUACCGCCAUGUUCUUCUUCACCACAAACAAGCUGGGCUUUGGACCAGAGUUCCUAGGGCGGGUGCGGCUGGUGACAUCAGUGGCGUCGCUGGUGGGUGUGGGCGUGUACAACUUCUGGCUCAAGCAUGUGCCACUGCAGCGCAUCUUCCUCUGGAGCAACCUGCUCGGCACUGCCCUCGGCUGCACGCAGUUGCUGCUGGUGACGGGAGUGAAUCGCACGCUGGGCAUCAGCGACCACUACUUUGCCCUGGGGGACAGCCUCAUCCUCACUGUCCUCGGCCAGGUCUCCUUCAUGCCCAUCCUUGUGCUUGCGGCUCGUCUCUGCCCUCCUGGAAUCGAGGCCACAUUGUUUGCCGCCUUGAUGUCAGUCAACAACGGGGCGUAUGUUCUAAGCGGGUUGCUCGGGGCUGCUCUUACGGAGAUGCUUGGAGUCACAAGCACGAAUUUCCAUAACCUUGCCUUGCUUGUUCUACUGUGCAAUCUCUCGUCUCUGCUUGCGUUGCCGUUCCUGCGCUUGCUUCCCUCAUUGGAAGAGGUGGAAGCGGCGGUGGCAAGGCUUCAAGAGGAUAUCGAAGCAGGAAAAGAAGCAUGA